UCGCGGUCGAGUACGAGAACGACGAUAACAAUUGUUGGGCGUAUUACCGCUGUCUGUCGUGGCGUUCGGCGGGUCGAGAAAACCGGUCGUGCGCGAAACGGUGAAACAGUGCAGAACGAACUUCCGCGGGAACCGGUCCGGCGCGCGGGUACCGGUCAGUCUGUUUCGAAGCGUUUGUCGAGCCGCCCGUGGACCGCCAACGAGAUAAUACCGUGCGCGGCCGCGACUGCAUCCGAAUUUUUACGAUAUCGCAGCGAUCCCGCGCGCGAAGGGAACGCCGCCGAUCCGUGGUAUCGAAAGAGCAUUUUUUUUUUUUCUCGUCCGGCCCGGUACCCGCGGAUUACCGUAACGGUUUUUUAGAGUGCCCGGCGCGCAAAAGGUCAGUUAAUUUCAUUAUUAUUUUUUUCUACGGCGCACGGGUAAAUCACGCAAACACGUUCGACUUUUAAUAGCGUUGUACAGUUGUAUUUUUUCUCUUUUUAUUCGUUUGCAUUGUCGUUUUCAUUUUAUACCAUCCGAUAACUUGCUCGGAUUUCCACGUGUAGCAUCUUUUCUGAAAGCGAAUCGCCGUGGUAAGGUACUUUAAAGAGGUUAAUUUUUUUGGUUUUCCCAAGAAUGUUUCCAGCAGAUGUGAAAAACCGGGGUAAAACAAGAGAAAACCGGGAAAAACGUAGGAAAAUUGGGAAAUCGGUACAACGUAUUUAAUUAUUAUUUUUUCUAUAAAAUGACAUAUAUAUUGUUGACAGUGCAUCACUAUCAACUUAACUCCGCUCAGAAUCGUUUUUUCGUAAGCAAUGGUUUAUGGUUGCUUACAGAUAUACAUUGAAUUCCUUUCUGUAUUCUACAUUUUUCAUAUUCCCACAUACAGUGGCUGCACCCGUCCUUAUUAUCCUAGGGCGUCUUUUAUAAAAAUAAUUGAGCAAAACCAAAAAAAAAAAAAAACAUAGAAAUAAUGGGAAAAUUUACAAAAAUAAUUCUAUUAUUAUCAUAUAACUUUUGUUUUUUUGUUGUUAUUCAGUAGAUACUUUUUAUUUGGUAGGUUCAAGUACUCCGUAAACAAAAUCGUUAGACUUAACAGAAAUAUUAGAAAAUUUGACAGAAGGUUCAUUAAAGUUGUAUACUUGAUGGCCAAAAAAACAAAAAGAAAAAAUGAGUGUAAUUUAGUAAUUUUUUUAUUUUUUUUUUUUUCAUAAAUAAGUUUCAAAAUCAAAUUUUGACGAAAAUAUCACGGCCUUUAAAAAACACGUACAACCGAACUUUGCUCCGAAUCAGUUUUUCGUUGCUUACGGGUAUAAAUUAAAUAACACUAUAUGCAUCCCACCUUCCCGACUUCCCAUCCACAACAACAGCACACCCGUCCCAGAGUAUCAGCUCUUUUUUUCUUUCUUUGCUAUUUUGGCUACCUAUUAUUUAUUUAUUUGAAAUACACGCCCGGAAGCACGCAGUACCUACAAGAAAUUAGAUACUUAAACUAGUUUGACAAAAAUCGUACAUAUGGAUAGCGAAACGUACAAUAAAAUUUAAUGAGACUAUUGAGCGCUCAAGGUUUAUAGUCAGUAUCCAAUAUAUUAAAAAAAUUUUAAAAAAAAGAUAAUAUAUUAUAAUUUGUAGUAACGUGUUCUAUAAGAGAAAUGAAAAAUAUCAAAAUUUUUUUUAAAAGUUAUUACGGGAACAGGAGACAAGUGAUCCUGUAAAUAGGAGAAAAAAAUUAAUUAAUAAUAAUAUUAAUUAUAAUGCACGUUCAAUUUCGAAAUUUAAGACUUUUUACAAAUAAUACUACAUUCGAAUAUCGUGUUAUCUGUGCGCGCGAACACGACGAUAAACACCCCGGUGCCAAUAAUUUCUCAAUACGUUUCAGACGAAAAUGCGACCGCUAUGCUGGCUGUUGUUGUCCGGGCUGAUCGCCGUCGGCGAGCGUCGCGCAGCGGACGCGGCGAACAUUUUAGCGAUAACGCCGAUAGCCGCGGCCAGCCAUUGGAACGUGAUGAGCUCCGUGCUGGACGUGUUGGUGAACCGUGGCCAUAAAAUCACCGUAGUGUCACCGUUCCCGAGAAAAACGCCGCACGAAAAUUACACCACCAUCGAUGUUUCCAAAUUGGUGCCGUUCGCGAUAGCGUCGCCUUGGGAUACGGUAAAAAAAAAAAAAAAAAAAAAAAGAAAGAAGAGCUGAUACUGGGCAUGGGAGCGGCCACUGUUGUAGGUGAGAAGUUGGGAAAAUAGGAUACACGAAGUUGUUUCAUUUAUAUCUGUGAGCAGCGAUAAACCAUUGUUUGACGAAAGACGAUUCCGAGAGCGGUUCGGUAAUGUAUAUAAUUUGAAGUGCCGUAUUUUUUUUUUUUUUUGCGAUUUUCGUUUAAAUUUGAUUUUAAAACGCUUAUUAAAAAAAAAAAGAAAAAAAAGUAGUCCGCUGAUAUUUGGAGACCUACCACGCCUAGGUCAAUCCGAUGUAAGUAUUAUUACCAAGUUUCAAGUUUCUUCGUGUGUUUAUAAUCGAAUUACAGCAAAAAAAAAAACUGCUAAACAUUAAAAUUCCUUAAAAUAUCAAAAGUAAAUCAAAAAGGCAACAAAAAGGUAUCUUGUGGUUUUUCGGUUAAUUAAUAAAAAUAAUUAAAUCGUGAAAUUGUACGUUUCCCGCCUAAGUGCUUUUAUUGAAAAAAUCAUAAAAAUGUCCUCGUUAAAGUACGAUCUAUGCAACCUGAGUUUUCAGAAAAGUUGCUACACGUUAAAACCGGAGCGAGUUUACUGAGAAAAAACGUAUCCACUGUCCAUAACAAAGAACAAAGAAAAAAAAUAAUAAAAGAAACGAACGGCAUUAGCUAAAACCAACAGCUCCAUCGACACGUUCGAAAUCUAAAAUUAAAAAAAAAAAAGCCAUUUCUAUACGCGCACGCGCUGCCCGGUGCCUGCAGUGACGUGCCCGGGGAUUUUCAACGGGAGGCGACGGUGUAGCCAACGACAAUCGCGAAUGAAUUUUCGUAAAAUUGUCUUCUCCAUACCCGGGGACUCGACUGCGGGAUCGGUAAUUUGAAUGCCGGAUCCUAAAGUGGAGAAGCCGGUUUUCGAUAAACGCGCCGAGCUCUUCCUCGCAACUCUGUCGAAGCGCGCGCACGGUAGAAAACUCCCUGUUCCCGUAGUAUUUCCACGCCAACGGGGAGGGCAGUUAUAAACCCCUAAACGUCCCCCGUCCCCGGCGCGCGCCGCCGCCGCCGCCUAACGCGCAUUUAUCCGUGUCGCGAAUGUUCGCUCGCGUGACCGCAGGUACGUUUUGGCGGGCGCCUGCCCGCGGUCUACAAACGAAACCGCGCGCGCGAUAAUAUUGGACCCGCACAUUCGGUCCGCGGAGAGGAAACCCACGGACCGCCCGGAUCGUUCGGACGUUGGUUUCGCCGUACGUCUCUCUGCGUCUCUAACUUUAGCAUUUAAAAAAAAAAAUGGUUACCGGUUCGUUAUAGCCCCGCCGUCCACACAACAAUAAAUACAUCGUAUAAACAUAAAAUAUUAUAGUUCGGCGGAAAACACGUACCAUUACCAUUGGACGCCUAGAACAGGUGUUUAUCACAAAUAAUCAAUAUAUAUAUAUAUAAUAAACCGAUAUAGAAAAUAAUGAGUUUAUUUAUUGAUAUUUAUCGAAUGUAAUAGUUCGACGAUGUAUUUAAUAUAAAUGUUCAAAAAGAAUUAAAACCAAAAAAAAAAAAACGGAAUGAUGAUAAAUAUUUUAUAUUUAAACGAUAUAAUGUUCAGAAAAAAAAAAAAAAAAAAGUGUAUACAAACGUAUACAAAUGUCCGUGCUCCCGGCGAUUCCCGUGAUAUUAUAUCGAUACACCGUCCAGUUAUUAGAUUAACAAAUAAAUUAAAUUGAGAGAUAGAUUGAGAAAUAGAUUAAAUACGUUCGUUAUUUGCUUUACAGUCCUGUUAUAUAAUAUUGAUUAUUUUUUUGUGAUUAGCCUACCCGUGGCAGGCGCCUAAUAGUAAAUGGUGCGCGUUUUCCGUUGAAUUAUUCGUUUUUUUUUUUUUUUUUUUUUUUUUUUUUUUAUACGACGUAUUUAUUGUUAUAUGGAUGUCGGGGCGAUAACAAACCCGAAUGGCGGGGCUAUAAAAUUUUCACUCGCCGCGGCGGUACUGUAACAGACCGGAGUACCGGGAAAUGUGCACGCGAUAGAGAAUUUUGAAAUGAUGUAGCGUUCAAUAUGUCUGUACGGCGUAUAAUACGAUUACACAUUCUGUUGUUAUAAACGUAUACGAACGUAUUAUACAUUGUUUUUUUUUUUUUUUUGUUUUGACGACCAAUGCAUUUUAGAUUCUGAGUGGGGCGAAGAGGCUUACGGUUUCACAUUUUUUUUUUUUUCUGUGGACAACUUUUCUACAAGCAAUUUUGCUAAUUUUUGCUCUAAUGGUAGCAAUGUUUCUAAAGGGAAAUUUCACUAGGAAGGUACUUUAGAGAAGUCAUUUUUCGAUUUUCUCAGGAGUUUUCUUAUCAAAAUUGAAAAACAGAAGAAAAAAAAAAACGGGAAAAUAUGAGAAAUUUAGGUAUUAGUUAGAAUAGAUUACGGCGGCCUUCUUUUUUUCAGUGCAUGACUCGUAACGGAACAAAAUCACCAUUACUACGAAUAGCGAUCGCGCCGAACGAACCGGUAGUCACAACGGCAGAUCCACGCGCACGGCGAGCGCCUUCAUUCUCAUAGAGCGCGCUACCGGUAAAACCAUUUACGUACGCCGCGCAUCACACAGGACCCCCCCCGACGCCAUUCUCGCAUUCGGUUAGGAACAUUGUACGGAAUUUGAGUAUACGCCAGGUUUCAACGAUUCGAAUUUUCGAUACUAUCUCAUCAUCGUCCAGUAGUGGUCAGUAGCUGAUCAGUCCAUCGCUUACUAGUUACUAGGCUACGAAAUAACAUCGUAGCAUGCAUACCAGAGGUAUCGUGACUGACUUCGGCCUUCGGCUGUUUGCGGUGUUCGUACGGCUGGUACAAAUUCAGUGCGGCCUAGUGCGGGUAGGUGCCACCCAAUGCAGUGUGGAGCAGUGUAGUCCAGCAGAAGCAGACGAAGCCGGAGGGAAGACGACAGCGGCCUAGAAGAUAGGUAGUGGUACCCCUAGACGCCACCACAGGCUUCAGUUCGCCCGUAGCGUACUUAGCCCGGCCUGCACCCCGUGGCGACGCCCAGUGUGCUGUUUUGCUCCUCGUCAUCCGUUGAGUGUAUUAUAUUGUAAAUAUUGCCGCAUUAAACUUGUAUUCUAUUUGGUACCACUAUAUAUUGUUUUGUGCACUCCAGUGGAAUUAUAAAUGGAAUGUACGUAGUUGUAAAACCAUUGAAUGUCAUUAUAUUGUUUUUUUGUUUUUUUUAUAUAUAUAUAUAUACAAAAAUAAAGUUAAUAAUACCGAUUACUCAAACCACAGCGUGUAUUCGUGUUACAGACUUUUCUACCAGCAAUUUUGCUCCGACGUGUAAUGAUAGCAAUGGUUCUAAAAAGAAAUUUCACUAGUGAGGUACUUUAAAGAGGUCAUUUUUUGAUUUUCCCAAAAGUGUUCCCGGCAGAUGUGAAAAACCGGAGUAAGACCUGGGAAAACCGGGAAAAACGUAGGAAAAUUGGGAAAUCAGUAUAAUAUUAAAAAAUAUUUAGUUAUUUUUUUUACUAUAAAAUUACUUAUAUAUUGUUGACAAAGCCGCACUAUCAACUGAACUCCGCUCAGAAUCGUUUUCUCGUAAGCAAUGGUUUAUAUUCGCGUGAUGAGCAAUGAAUUAAACGAGUCCAAAAUAGAUUCUUACUAUAUAUUGAUUUUCUCGUAAAAAUCCAUCAUCCAUCAUCCGCACGAUUACUCACUCGUCCGCUCCGCUUUUAGAUUUCCAACUUAAGCCUCGCGUCAAGUUCAAGCAGAUUACUCUCCCAUAACGUUCCUUUUUAAUGGGACCAUUGACUCUUUUGACCUCCUAUCCUCUAUCUCCUUCCGCGUACACAAGAAACACAAGAAAUCGUUUCCUUUUUCGUAUUCUUCAUCAAUACACUUCAUGCAGUCAAAAUCAUCCUUUGCAUAAAAUGCUAAGGCAUCUCAAUUAGUUUGGCCCUAUAGUUUUUCUUCACUUAUGUGUCUGUUUAUAAUGUACUCUCUGUGUAACACUGUACUCUACUAUUAUUGUAUACUACUGGUAAUUAAAUAUUGUCCGUUUAGGUAUUGAAAAACAAAAGUAAAUAAACAAAAAUAUCUCAAUAAUACGCACUAAAAAUGUUUAAAAAAAAGAAAUUAAAAUUGUUCAGCAAAUCGCUUCUUGAUGGGAGGCGGGGGAAAAUAUAUCAUAAUAACGUAAGAAUGAUAAAUGAUUACAGUAAUAUUGAUAGGCAAUUCAACAUACGGACGUGUAUUAUGCAGCAUAUAUUAUUAUCAUAAAUGUUACUUAAUUACAAUUUACAACCAUAAACUCUGUAUUAAUGUAACCAUAUUGGUGCAUAAUUAAUUACGAAAAACGCUACACAUAAAAUAAACGUGAUGAUAAUAAUAAUCGAUAAUUUGACGCAGGUCAUCAACGUAUACAAACCGUCGACAAUGUGUAUCAAAUUUUUAAACACCUGUCAACAACACAUGUGUCACACGGCGUUCGGCCAUCCGGACUUGCAGAACGCGCUACGCACCCGCGCUUACGACCUGGUCAUCACCGAGUUGCUGGCUUCCCGGUGCGACUCGUACUUGGCCAGCCAGCUGGGCAUACCGCACGUGGCCUUCGUUUCCAGUCAGAUGCUGACCUGGUACCAAGACUCGUUCGACAAUCCGUCCAACCCGGCGUACAUUACAACGUUGAACUCGCCGUACCCGAAACCGGAAACGUUCGUGCAAAGAUUCUGGAACGUCAUCGACUACGUAAGAGUUUACUCGUAUUUCAAAUACGUGGACGUUAUGGCCACGGCUAUAGGUCGCCAAUAUUUCGGUAAAAAUCAACCGGACGUCGAAACUAUAAUCCGCAACAUCUCCGUGGUCUUCCUGAACACGCAUUCCAGUUUCGAUUUGCACAAACCGCUGGCGGCGAAUUUCAAAGAAAUUGGUGGCAUACACCUGAAACCCGCCAAACCGUUACCCGCCGUAAGUACAAAAUAUCCAAUACAAUGUAAAACAUUAUGAAUGCCGUAGAUACCUAUAAAAAUAAAUGUAUAGAUGAAAUUAAAAUUGGAACUCGAGUGAAUGUCCCCCUCUGGAGAUUGAUUUCCGGAAUAAAAUUAAUUUAAAAUGUUGCUCGUGAAACACUCUGCCCGUUACUGAAAACGAGAAAAAGAUCCGCUCAUUACCUAUAAUUUUUGCGUGACGCACAUUGGUUAUAGUCUUGUUAUAAUAUGUAUAGAUUACCAAUUAAUUUAGGAUCCGUACCCGUGACAUUUUCUCUAGCGCUUACCCAGUACAAAAUAGCCCCGUGCUGCUGCAUGUCAUCUAGUGUCAUACCUACCAUCUGCAGACUUACGUUUAUAGGUCGUGGGCAUUGAGAGGAUAUCGGAAGACACGUAACAGAAAUUUUUGACAAAUAUUAAAUUAAUUUACUAAUAAGUUAUAAGUAUUUAUUUUGUCAUCAGUCUUCAAAAGUUUCGAGUGAUUUUAGCCCAUUUGCCCAUUAUACAAAAUAUGAUCAUUAUAUGAGUUUUCACAUAACAUUCAAUUUACUUGAAUGAUUCAAUAAAUAUUCAAGAUUAAAAACUUCAAUUUUUUAAUUAAUUAUAUUAUAUAUUAUGAAAAUUCCUAUCGGUAAAGUUGUAUUCUUAAAUUUUCACAAUUAGCUGUGUUACGUUUACGCUAAAUCGUACAUACUUUGAUAGGUAUUAGACAUUAAAGCGAGAGUUUUAUGUUCAAAGGCGAUCCUUUUAACAUCCUGUAAUAUCUAAUUAACAUAAUAGUAUAAAACUAGUAGAUAUCACUUUUUGUAAUGUAGGUGCACAAAAAAUUGUGACGGUUAUCGUAUUUAGAUAAAAUGUUUUGCAACAAAACACUGUUAACUGUUUAUCCACUUAGUCUCCAUUGUUAAUAUUAUUGUAAAUUUGAUUAUGCAGGAUCUACAGGAAUUUAUUGAAAGUGCCGAACACGGCGUUAUAUAUUUUAAUUUGGGAUCCGUGGUCAGAAUGGAAGAUAUGCCGAUCGAUCUACAAAACGGCAUCAAGGAAGGUUUUGCAGGACUACCCCAAAAAAUUUUAUGGAAGUUGGAAUCAAACUCGACGCUGUAUAAUCAACCAAAAAAUGUAUACACAAGAAAAUGGUAUCCUCAGUAUGAUGUUAUAAGUAAGAAAAAGAUAAACGUUUUUAUGUAAAGUAAUUUAACUUAAUUCAAAAUGGGUAUUACGAUUUAUGAAUAAUUUGAUUGGGCAAACUCUAAAGUGUGUUCUUAAACCAUGUCAAUAAUAACUGUAAACGUGCUGAAUAUUUUUUGCCGAGAUCCGAAACGAUACACUUUAUACAGGGUGAUUCGUUUACCUCUAGGGCGAGAAAACCGUGCGUAACUUCUUGUGUAUGCAUAGUGCAUACAUGCAUAUUUGUUUUGUGCAGCCGUAAAAAAAUCCGGCUAGAAAGACAUUUUUUUCAUGUUACGAUGAAACAAAAUAUACACCACUAAAUUUUUCAAUAAAUGUUUAAUGGUGCGCUGGAAAAAGGCCCAUAAACAAAACUAUGAUUGGUAAUAAGCAAGAUAAGAACCAGCACCCAGUGUCUCCGGCACAGUGACAAUCCGUAAAAGGAUAAACCGCUAACGAAUCUAAACAUCACCUGGUGAAAAAAAGCUGAAUACUUAGAGCAGAAUAAUAGUUAAAUUAUAUUUUACGUGCAUAAAAAACAAAUAUGUACCAAUAACUGUUAUUAUAACUAUUACAAUAUGAUUGAUAAUCCCGAUAGGAUUUCUUUUGUGUCACAAAGAUAGUCAUAUGAUACGAUUACGACAAUCGUAAUUGUUGUAAUAUAAGUAUACGCUAAUCAAUAUUGCACUAAAACUAAUUUUAUGUUUCAGGACAUCCAAACGUAAAACUUUUCAUCACUCAUGGUGGUAAUUCUGGCGUUAUCGAAGCAAUAAGCGCGGGCAUACCAGUAUUGGGCAUACCUAUAUUUUUCGACCAGCCGAGAAAUUUGGAAUUGUUUGAACACUGGGGUUCCGGCUUAUGGGAGGAUUACAGUAAUUUCACGAAAGAAAGUUUUGUCGGCAAGAUCAAAAAAAUCCUAGGUGAUCCACGGUAAGACGAAUUAUUAUAAAUUCUGAACAUUGCGAUUUUACAACGACUAAACUAUUAGCUAUUUAUGCGAGUUUAUAUAAAUAAUCACUAUGCAUAUAUAUGCUGAUUGUAAAUUUAAAAAUCAGUUACACAUUUUUGAUAAAAAUAUUUGUUUAAAUUUCUAUAUUUGAUUACCGAAAUCUAAAUAUAACGAGAAAAAUAAGAAAGAUAGAAAUACUUCGCACAUGAGUGGGCCAGUGUUGUUAGUAAGAAGUUAGGAAGGUAGAGCGGAAAUUUAAUGUAUAUCUGUACGCAACGAUUCACUUUUACUAUCGAAAAACAAUUCUGAGCGGAGUUCGACUAAUAGUGUUGCAUUGUCAAUAAUAUAUAUGUCAUAUUAUAGUAAAAUGCGUACCUAUGCGUUAUAUAUUUUCUUAAAUAAUGUUUUUGUAAUACUGUACUAAUUUUCCUAUUUUUCCCCGUGUUUUUCCAAUUUAUUAUAAAAACUCCAGGGAAAAUCAAAAAAUGAUGUCCAUAAAGUACCACCCCAGUCAGAUUCUCUUUCAGUAAAAGUGCUGUCAUUGUAAAUUGAAGCAAAAUUUCCGGUAGAAAAGUUGUCCGCAAAAAUCAUCAUUGUAAAACCAAUACAUUUUUCGCGCUGCUCAGAAUCUAAAAUGUUUAUUUGAUUUUAAACUCUAAACUUAGAAUCAAUUUUCAUGCACAAUGAUUUGGAAAUUAUUAAAUUUUGGUACAUCAAGAACACAAUAGUAUUGCGUAGUUAAAUAAACAUAAUACGUUUUCGAAUCCGUUAUUACAAAAGACAGAUCACUUGUGCAAUCUUAGUAUUUUACCAGUACAUGCAGCUGCUAUGGAGUGCUAGAGUUGUUUGCAUGAAAAUAUAAUAUAUCAGGUUCGUUAAAUUACAACGCAAUUGGUUUUUUUUGCAUACCAAAGUACCUUCGUACAUUACAUAAAAUAAUUUAAGUUAUUUAACCCUAAAACCAUAAUACAUUUUAUUACUUCAUUACCAAUGCUAUACACUUAUAAUUAAAAUAAAUACUUUUUAGAUACCUAGUUAAAAACAAUGUUAUAAAUUAUAUUGUAUUAGUUUUAUCAACAUAUUCUAUAGCCAUAAAACGUUAUAUUUUAAAAGCCUAGAGUAUUUUUAAAAUGUAAAAAAAAGAAAUAAUCUCCUUUUAUAUUUAUCUUCACAUUUCCAUCAAUACUAUAACUAAUAUUACUUAGCUUGUAUCUGUGUACACAAUUAAUUGUAGAUUAAUCUAUACUUACCUAUAAUUUGGUGCUUCGUUAAUUUUUUUUAAUAAACUCGUGUUUGAUGAAAAAAAAAAUGAUUCUACCACAAUUUUAUUUUGUCAUUUUUUAUGUAUAAAAUAUUUUUCGACUAGUCGGUUCAUACUAGUGUUGAAUUAGUAUUAUAAGCUAUAAUAGUUGAUAUUCAAAAUCCCGGGAAAUAUAGAGAGGUUAUUUUUUCCACGUAUCGUUUUAUAAUUCAUGAUUCCAACUUUGAAUCAAUGAAACCAUUUAUAAAAUUAUAUUAAAUAAUUUAUAAUAAUAAUUAUAAAAUUUACUUACCUAAAUCUAAAUUAUGUUUCAAAGGUAAUUAUUAAAGCGUCUUUUUAAGUAUCAAUAUAAUAACAAUAAAGUAUUGUCUUUGAAUUUUAAAAUGCCUACUAUAAUGCCUAUACAUUACGCCUACAAAGUCAUUCAUUUCCCAGGCACUAACGAAAUAUAAGAAAGAAAAUGUUUAUUUUCUAAAAUUAAUAAAAUACAUUUUCUACCCUCAAAAAAUAACUUUUAGUGUGAUAAAAAUUUUUAAAUUCAUAAAAAAUAGGUAAAAUAAAUUGUUUUUUAUAAUACUGUCAAAUAAAUUCCCUAGAUAUCACGAAAGGUAUAAAAAAAAAAAUUCAAAUAAGGAACAAACUUUUAAUCUUGAGCUCUAUGUCGUUUUUUGAAUCUAAUAAUUUUUUGUUAUUGAAUAUAUCUAAACAAAAUACCCCACUAUAUCUUCCUUUUUUAAUUGCGUAAAAGCAUUUUAUUUAUACAGGGUAAUUUUUUUUUAAACAUAAACCAGCAAUUUCCUCCUACGAUUUUAAAUGAAUUUAGUUCCUGUUUUUUUUUUUCAAUCAUUGUGGAAUUGAUUAAGCUUUAUUUUAAAAUCAUUUUUAAUUUUUCCCCUACUUUACAUACCUUAAAUAAGUAUAUACUUUUGGUUUUUCAAAUAAGAACCCCCCUUUUUGAACGCCGAUUCGAAUAGAGAAUAUUUUUCUAGAAAUUUUGAUGCGCAUAACACUAAUAUCAGAUUUAACGUUUAUGAGUUUGAUCGUUUAAAGUUUAGACCGGAAGAGUAAGGGAGAGUUGUCAAUUUAUCAUUUUUAAAUAGAUACACAAUUACUAUUACACAUUAUUACCCUUCCGUUCUAUCCUACUUCUUUCCCUUCCUUGAUACGAUCUGAAUCUAAAAAAAAAAUAAACACACAUCAGGCGCAUCCCCUAGAGAGGGGGCAAUGAGACAUUCAACCCACCCCUUGCCCCCCCAUAACAAUUUUUAAUGUAUGGAAAUUUUUCUCAUUGUCAACAAAAUAAUAAUGAUCAAAAUUUCAAUUUACCGUUAUCAGUAGACAAAACUAAUAGCUACAUAAAUAACUUUAUGUGUCAUCCACGUCUCCAAGGCGAAAAAUACGCCUAUAGUAGUAAUUUAUUUAAAAAAUAGAUUCGCUCCCCUUGAAAACUGUCUAGGGACGCCCCUGACACACAUCAUAGUAAAAACAACAGACCCCUCGAUACGCUCCGAGUUUAAAAAAUAAUAAAAUUGUGUGGGUAAAAAGAGGUAUAGCGUAAAAUGUAUGUAGCCCGUUUUAGUGUGAUCUGGCCAUGUACAUUGUAAGUACACCAGAGGUGUAUAAACUAUAAAAAAAACAUUCAUCAUGUCUGUCAUAAUAUCGCAAAUGCAAAUAAAAAGUAAUUUAUUUGUACAUUUCUUUUCAGGUUCAAAGAAAACGCAGUGAAACUAUCGAACCGUUUUCACGAUCGCCCGAUCAGUCCUCAAGAGACAGUAGCUUACUGGACGGAAUACGUGUUACGACACAACGGAGCACAUCAUCUCAAAUCGCAAGCCAUCAACACAAAUUGGUUUGAAUACUUCUCGUUGGACUUUCUUGUCCUGGUUUCCGUCCUUACAACAUCUUUAUUGUAUUUUUUGUACAAUAUAAUGUCCAUCGUUAAAUUUUGGUAAUAGACAGCAAAUGAAAAGACGUGGACAAAUAUAUUGAAAACUGUCUGUGUAAUAUAAUUAUGUUUACACUGUACAUUGUUACUUAUCCUGCAAUAUAAUAUAUUAUAUCGACAGAAUAACUUAUAACGAUAUUUUUAUUAUUAGCACUAUAGGAAAAAUAUAUUUUUUGUUAAUGUAUAAACGAAGUUUGAAUAAACGUUUAUUAUGGUGUUUCACGU